AUGGGCAUAGAUGAGUCCAUAGGGCUGGAGGGCAAGGAUGUUCAGAUGGAACAGACAACGUCGACGGCCUCCGAUGAAGUUUCGUAUCCGACAGGCAUACCUCUUUGGUCAAUACUGAUUUCAUUAACCGUGGUAAUCUUUCUUGUUAGCAUGGACGGAACCAUCAUCACGACGGCAAUAACCCGGAUCACGGACGAGUUUGAUUCAACGGCGGAUAUCGGAUGGUACGGCUCUGCAUAUAAGUUGACCAUAUGCGCUUUUCAACUCGCGUAUGGCAAUAUAUUCAAGCUCUUCCCCGUCAAAUGGGUGUUUCUAAGUGCACUCACGUUAUUCGAGCUGGGAUGUGUUAUUUCGGCUGUUGCACAGCAUUCAUACGUAUUCAUUAUCGGUCGAGCGCUGUCUGGACUGGGGGCAGCGGGCGUUCUCACGGGCUGGGUUAUAUUGACGCGGCUUGCCUUGCCGUUGGAAAAACGCCCACUUGUCACGGGAAUUGUUGGCUCAAUGGAAGGGGUCGCGAUUGUCAUCGCCCCCUUGCUCGGAGGAGUUUUCACCAGCCGACUCUCGUGGAGAUGGUGCUUCUAUAUUAACAUAAUCCUCGGGGCUCCAACAGGGAUUGCAAUAAUUCUGUUCUUUCCAAAGAGCACCUCUGCCAAUAAAUCAUCUUCUGUAGCACCACCGGAUCGAAAAAUGACUCUCGCAGGAGCGUCGAAGAAAUUCUUUACCAAAUUUGACAUUCUGGGUCUCAUGUCGAUUUUACCGGCAAUCUUCUGUACUCUGCUGGCACUAGAAUGGGGUGGAUCGUCAUACAACUGGGCAAACUCCCGAAUAAUCGCUUUGUUCGUCCUGGGUGGGGUGUUCUUCAUCAUUUGGGGAAUGUUGCAAUUCUAUCAAGGGGACAAGGCGACAGUGCCGGUCAGGAUCAUUAAGCAGCGAAGCGUUGCCUGUUGCGUCCUAUACAGCUUUGGGAUCUCAGGUACCUUGAAUCUGUUCGAGUAUUACACGGUUAAAGGUGUCUCUGCGAUUAAGGCCGGCUAUAUGUCACUUCCUUUGACUGGGGGACUUAUCAUUUCCUCAAUUGCAACCGGAUUUGCUCUAUCUCGACUAGGGUACUACACACCCUUUAUGAUGGCAGGUGGCGUCCUCAUGAUCCUCGGAGUGAGCCUAAUGACUACGCUGAAACCAGCCUCGGGAAUCAGCGAAUGGGCGCCUUUCGAGCUUCUGAUCGGGUUAGCCGCAGGUAUUGGCUUCCAACAGCCGCUAAUUGCUAUCCAAGCCAUCCUGCCUGACGCUGGCGAUGCGGCAUUGGGAACUGCCAUUGUCAUCUUUACCCAGUCCUUCUCCUCCUCCAUAUUUCUUUCCGUUGGCAAUACUAUCUUCUCCAAUGGCAUCAUCCGCGGAAUAAGGUCGGCCAAUUUGACCACCUCUAGUGAUGAUGUGGAUGUAUCAGCCAGCGGACUGAAUGGUCUAGUCGCACUUCUUGGUCCCAGCACCAAUCAGACCGUGCAGCUAGCGAAAAUGAUUUUGAAUUCUGCCGUGCGGGAUGUGUUUUAUCUUGCACUCGGAACAGCGUGUCUGCUUAUGGUUGGGGCGCUGGGAGUGGAAUGGAAAAGUGUAAAGAGAAAAAGCGAUCCUGAGACUCAUGACCAACGGCAUAAGUCAAGUUCUGAAAGUUGA